GGGCGGCGAGCGGAAGGGGAGGAGGACGGGGAGGAGCAUCCAGGGCGGCCACCGCGGCAGCGGCUGAACUUUGCUCUUUCGCGGGAGGCGGGCAGAGCCCGGGGCUCGGCGGAGCGGGUCCCGCCGUACCGGGCUGCAUGCAGCCGCGGCGGCGGCGGGGCCCGUAGCGGCGCGGCCGGCCGGGGCAGCGCCGCCUCCUCGGAGCGCAGCGCAGCGCGGCGCAGCGCAGCGCGGGGGCCGGCGCGGGGGGGCCCCGGGGCGGCCGCCGCGCCCCGCGGGGGGAUGCGCCGCGCCGCGCCCCGCUCCCGCCGCCGCAAAGUUUCCGCGGGGCCCGGCGCCCCCCCCGGCCCGCGCUAGCGGCGGGGGAAGAGGAAGGCGCCCGGCGGGGGGGGAGGGGGGGCAGAGCGAGGGAUAGAGGGGGGGAAAAAAAAAAAAAAAAAAAGGAAAAAAAAGGAAAAAAAAGAGGAAUCCGCGGCCCCGCGCCCGCUCCCCGCCAAACUUGCUCAACUCGUUCCGGAGGCUCCAUGCGGCGGCGGGGCCGGCGCUGAGCCGCGCAGCCAUGGCCAUGGUGGCCGGCGGCUGGGGCGAGCCCAACGGCGGCGGCGAGGAGGCGGCGUCCCCGGCGGGCGGCGGCAGCGACGCCGAGCACGGCGAGGAGGAGCGGGCCGGGGCGCCCGUGGACUGCGUGGUGUGCGGCGACAAGUCCAGCGGCAAGCACUACGGCGUCUUCACCUGCGAGGGCUGCAAGAGCUUCUUCAAGCGCAGCAUCCGCAGGAACCUCAGCUACACCUGCAGGUCCAACCGCGACUGCCAGAUCGACCAGCACCACCGCAACCAAUGCCAGUACUGCCGCCUCAAGAAGUGCUUCCGCGUGGGCAUGAGGAAGGAAGCCGUGCAGCGGGGCCGGAUCCCCCCCAGCCACUCCAGCACCAGCCCCAACACCCUGCCCGGCGGCGAGUACUUCAACGGGCAGCCGGUGUCGGAGCUCAUCUCGCAGCUGCUGCGGGCUGAGCCCUACCCGGCGGCCCGCUACGGCUCACAGUACGCGCAGCAGGGCAGCGUCAUGGGCAUCGACAACAUCUGCGAGCUGGCCGCCCGCCUGCUCUUCAGCACGGUGGAGUGGGCCCGCAACAUCCCCUUCUUCCCCGAGCUGCCCGUCUCGGACCAGGUGGCCCUGCUGCGCCUCAGCUGGAGCGAGCUCUUCGUGCUCAACGCGGCGCAGUCGGCGCUGCCGCUGCACAUGGCCCCGCUGCUGGCGGCGGCCGGCUUCCACGCCUCGCCCAUGUCAGCCGACCGCGUCGUCUCCUUCAUGGACCAGAUCCGCAUCUUCCAGGAUCAGGUGGAGAAGCUCAACCGGCUGCAGGUGGAUUCGGCCGAGUACAGCUGCCUCAAAGCCAUCGCGCUCUUCACGCCGGACGCCUGCGGCCUCUCGGACCCGGCGCACGUGGAGAGCCUGCAGGAGAAGGCGCAGGUGGCCCUCACCGAGUACGUGCGCUCGCAGUACCCGUCGCAGCCGCAGCGCUUCGGGCGCCUGCUGCUGCGGCUGCCGGCCCUGCGCGCCGUGCCCGCCGCCCUCAUCUCCCAGCUCUUCUUCAUGCGGCUCGUGGGCAAGACGCCCAUCGAAACACUAAUCAGGGACAUGCUGCUGUCCGGGAGCACCUUCAACUGGCCCUACGGCACGGGGCAGUAGGGCGCCGCGCCGCACCGCACCGGGGGGGCUGCACUGGCGGGGGGGGGGGGGCUGUGCAAAGCCCCCGCCACCGCCGGCCCUUCCACUGCUUCUGGACGCUGGACUCUUCCUCACCCUCCUACUGCGGAGCUCGUCGCCGCCGGCCGCCCGGACCCCGGGCUCAGAUCGGGGCAGAAGGACUUUGGACCCGGCCCGGGGGUCAUUCCUGGCUCUGCCCCCCGCACCGGAGCCGGGGGGGGGGGGGGGGCACCAUCCUCUCACCCUCUGCUGAAAGCUGAAUUUUGGCUGGCAGGAGGGAGGCGAGCGGCACCCAGCCAAGGCUCGGAGCAGCCCGCGGGGCUGGGAGCGAAGGUGGCCCCCCUGCAGCCCCCGCUGCAGCCCCCGCUGCCCGGCGGUUAAAGCCCCUCCGCGUCCCGCCGCGGGGCUGCGGCCCGGGCCGGAUCCUGCUGCGAGGACUGAAGCGCUGCGCCCAGCCCCGGCCCUGCACUUUCCACUGAAGCAUCUCCAAGGUCGGGGCCAGCGCAGCAGGUGCUGCUCCGGGGGGGGGGUUCAGCCCCCGCGGGGUCCCCGAGCCCCACGCAACGCCCCAUGCAAAUAAAGUGGGUUUUUCCUCCAGCUGGGGGGGGGGGGUCGUGCUGCCCCCUCCCCACUGCUGCUUGCACGCUUGGUGCUCUGAGCCGCGGCAGCGGUGCCCCCGGAGCAUCCCCGGCCCCCGUGGACUGGAGCGGGGCUGGGGGCGUGGGGGGGGGGGCCGAGCUGGAGGGGGGCCGAGCUGCCGCCGCCGCCCCCCCGCCCCGGGCGCCGCUUCUCAGGGCGAUACUGUGCAAACAGGCAGAGGCAGGAUUAGUUGGGGAUUUGUCAUUUAGAUUGAUUCACUGCAAAUAUAAUCCUUGUUCAAUGAUACUAAACAAAUUAACUGAAGUCAAUAAAGACGUUUCUUACAA